AUGAAACAGAUAGUAGUGGUGAUAAGUAGGACGAAAGGGGAAACAACCGAUGAAAGGAAUGCAAUACUGCGCGAAUAUGGUGAGGAUUUAUCUUCGAAAACAGCAUCGAAUGCUGAAGAAAAUUUCCUCAGUGGUAAACAAACAAAAUUUAUGAAUGGACCAUCAGCAAUGGCGAACGAUGAAAGUGCUGCUAGUGAGUAG